AUGAGUAGUGUCACCCAGAACACAUUUUCAGUCAUCUUAAGUGUGGAAUUCAUAACUGGGAAUUUAGAAAAUGGAUUCAUAGCACUGGUGAACUGUGUGGACUGGGUCAAGAGAAGAAAGAUCUCCUUAGUUGAUCAAAUCCUCACUGCUUUGGCACUCUCCAGAAUUGGUGUACUCUGUUUAGCAUUCUUGAAUUGGUGGGUAUCUGUGCUUUACCCAGUUCAAUCAAGGACUGGAGAAAGUUUAAAAAGGAUUUAUUUUACCUGGACAAUAAUUAAUCAUUUCAGCAUCUGGCUUGCUACAAGCCUUUGCAUUUUUUAUUUUCUUAAGAUAGCCAAUUUUUCUAACUCAAUUUUUCUCUAUCUGAAGUAGAGAAUUGAAAAGGUGGUUUCAGUGACACUGCUGAUAUCUUGGUUCCUCUUGUUUUUAAAUAUUGUGCUGUUGAACACAUACCUUGAUGUCUGGAUUGACAGAUAUAAAGGAAAUAGGACUUUUCAUUAUAGUUCACGGAAUCCUUCAGUAUUUUCCACACUUCUUUUAUUCACCAACACUAUGUUCACAUUCAUACCAUUUACUGUGUCUGUGACAACCUUUCUCCUGCUAAUUUUCUCUCUCUGGAAACAUCUGAAGAAGAUGCAGCACAAUGCCAGGGAGCUCAGGGACACCAGCACCACGAUCCACGUGAAAGCCUUGAAAACUGUGAUCGCCUUCUUGCUACUUUAUACCACAUAUUUCCUGUCAUUUCUUGUACAAGUUUGGAGCUCUGAGUUUCUGGACAAAAGUCUGAUCAUUUCAUUUUGCCAAACUGCUGGAAUUGCUUUUCCUUCAGCUGUUUUUCAGGUGGAAAGUGGAACUGUUCCCCAUCCAGAACAGUGGGGCCAUAGAGAGAACUGCUCAGGGAUGAGUGUGGCCCUUGCUGGGACCCAAGUUCUGUCUCUUUUCUGA